CUGUCUCUACUAUCGGCAUGUAUCUAAACGCUCGCGCCGGUGCGACUGCAAGCGAAGGAAGGCGGGGAUAGGCUUGUCUGCGAGCAUGCGCUUGACGUGGCGCUCCCGUUGCCCAGCCACACGAACUGUGCGAACUUCUCUCCCGAAACCCCGACGCUUUAAAGAGAAGUUUGAGAGUUCCGGUGAGCUCGCGCCCUGUCUAGAUUCCUCCAUGAUCAACAGGUAAACGGGGAUGCGAAACAGGGAUUUUGUACAAAGUCUUUAUUAAAAUGUCUGAAGUUAAACAAAGGAGAAAAGCUAACCUUUCAACCAAGCCUAAUGAAGACGAGCAAAAGGAACAGUUAGGUUCGGAGAGUACUGCUAGCAGAAAAUCCUUCCGGAUGGACCCACGAACAAUUUUAAGCUCACUGUCUCUCCUAGCCUGCAUAGGGCUAACAUGGUUUCUUUUUCAGCAGUCAGCUCAGUUGGUUGCUGUAGAAGAAAAGUACCAUCUCUUAAAGCACGAAGCUGUAAAGUUUCAAGAUAUCGAAAACAAGAUUAACCUAAUGUCUCAAAAGUGUGAGAAGACAUUAAGCUUAAUUGAGCAACUGCAAGAUCUUCAUAUAAUUGCUCGUAUGAAGCAUCUACAACAGGAGAUGCACAACAUACAGACCCGAUCCAACAAAAUAAUCCAAGAAGAAGAGGAACUGCAACAGAACUUAACCUCCCUUUUCCAGGCAGUUAUUAAAUAUGAGGAGAGCACAACUUCUGUAACCAAGGAUCUGUCUGUAAAGAUUGCAACUGUGAAAACAGAUCUUAGACGUAUUUCAGGCCUUGAAGCAGAUGUGACCUUACUGGUAGAGAGCAUACAAACUCUAGAAGACAAAGUAGAGAAAGCUGAAAAGACUACAGUACAGAGUAUUGGAGAUCUUCUUACUAACAGCAUUGAUAGAACUGCAAACCUACGAAGUACUGCAUCUGAUAAUACUAGACAAAUAGAGCGCAUUAAGACAAAAUUGUCUGAGUUGAAUGCUGACAUCAGUGAAUAUUCAAAUAAGCUUUUUGAUCUGGAAAGUGAUAGAGCCAAAGUUCUGAAGACAGUAGUCUUUGCAAAUGACUUAAAACCUAAAGUGCAUAACUUAAAGAAGGAUUUUGCACACCUGGAACCUAUGAUAGAUGAAUUAACAGUGAGGGUAGGAAGACUGUUUGGGGAUCUAUUGGAAAGACAGAAGGAAAUUGCUUUCCUAAAUAAGCAGCUCUCCAAUUUAACUUCACUACAGACUGAAGUUAAGUCUUUAAAUGAUGAAAUAACUAAAGUUUUAAAUCUGAACUAGUUGUCCAAUGUGUAAGCCUCAGCACUAGCAGUAUAGUGAUCUGGUGAAGGUACCAUCUCAGGAGGGUGCCAUGUUUGGCAGCUUAAGAAAACUAAAGAUGUCAUACUCUUUCUAGUGUAAAUAGCAAGUGGAGCUUCAAGGAGUAGAGUUCUGCUGCACAAGUGUUUAAGUGUUAUCUAUUGGAUCAGAGAGCCAGAUUUUUGACCCGCUACUGUUAGAUUAACAUGACAUGCUUCCAAAUAGCAUUGUUUGUUUAAUAAAUCCCUAAUCAGUAUUAGAAGUUGUGGACACCACAGCUGAGCAGAUGAUAUAGCAUAAAGGGGACCAAUCAGGGGCUGACAUUUCUAACCUACCAGGGUUGCUGUGCAACCUGUCCAUGAAAGGCAGCCCUGGCACUAUUGCAGAGGUGGCAAUUGUACAGCUAAGGAGCCCCUGGUGGCACAGUGGUAAAACUGCCGCCCUGUAACCAGAAGGUUACAAGUUCGAUCCUGACCAGGGGCUCAAGGUUGACUCAGCUGUCCAUCCUUCCGAGGUCGGUAAAAUGAGUACCCAGAAUGUUGGGGGCAAUAUGCUAAAUCAUUGUAAACCGCUUAGAGAGCUCCAGCUAUAAAGCGGUAUAUAAAUGUAAGUGCUAUUGCUAACCAAGAACAGCACGCAGUUGCUUCCACAGUACUCUUUCCAGCAGAACAAUGAAGGUAGCUGCACAGCUUUAGAGUUACUGUACUCUGUAAUUGAAUUGCAUUAUAGAGAUACCAGAGUACAAGAAGCAGUAUGCACCUUUUAAUCAUGCACUAUAUGAAAGAUGUACUCUGAAGCACUGUGUACAGUUCUGGUAACCUCAUCUCAACAAGGUGAGAAGAGCUGAAAAAGAUGCAGGAAAGGAAACAAGGUGAUCAAGGGCUACAGGAAAUCCAAAGCACUUAAACUUGUUUAGAGAACAAGCUCAAGCAUUACAAAUCUGAUUAUGUGGACAGAAUUCCAUGUUUUGCCUUCCUUCCCCCUACUAGAACUCCAUAUCAUCCAAUAAAUUGAGGACAGAAAUACAAUACAGGAUAUUUGAUUUAUAGAAUUUACUCCUGAAAGUCUUGCAGAUGACCACUUGCUUAGACAAGUCAUUGUAUAUUAGUGGCUAUUAGUCACUUGCUACAUGGAACUUCCAGUGAAUACCAAUUACAGGGGGCAACUUGAGUCAGCUAUUGCCUUUAUGCCCUGCUUGUUGGCUCCUGCAAACAUAUGGAAGACCACAGUGGAAAACAGAAUGCUAGGCCUUUGUUAAUGCAGCAGGGCUCUUAUGCAUGGCAGUGCUAUGCAAAAUAAAGCCUUUUGCCUCCUCAGCCAGUGUUCUUGACUGGUUUUAAACAGAGCCCAACAGAAGUGUAAAUCCAUCAAAGGCAGUGCUCAACACUGUAGUAUGAGUACUGCUAUAUAUCUAUGCCUACCUCUGGUAUCAGGAACCUUUAUGUGCCCUCCCAAGAACUGGGUAUUAAACUACAGUAUCCUAUCCA